AUGGUUCAAGAAACAUCAUCAGACAGCAGCUCUGAUAAGGCAGAUCGGCCUUCUGGAGAGCUUACACAGCCCAAAGAUUAUGAAAAGCUUCUCACCAUUCUUUGGCCAGGCAUUGAAAUAUCUGUUAUGUUAGAGGCAUACAAGAAUUUUGACAGUGAGCUCUUGACUUCAAUCCACAACAAAGCUCGCUUAUACCUGACACAUCCUCAAAUUGGAAAAGUUUUGCUCAUGCAUGAAACUCCUGAACAGGAUGACGAAGGUUCUCAUGAAGCCACUGAAUCUUUGGAUGAACUUGUCCCGGUUAAGAUCAAGGAUUUGGAAAUCGGGAAGUGGAAUGAAUAUUGUGUGAUUUAUGGCGUACUGUGUGUUAAGCCCUUCAAAUUUGGAAGAAUCUACACUCUGCUGGAGGAGGUGGAUACUGGUAAUGCAGUGGCUCUUUCUAUUGUUUCUUCCGAUCCGUCAUCUAUUCAUCAAGGGUUUGCAGGAGAUAAAUAUCCUCAGGGUAUGAAAAUCGCUGUCAAGGAGCCUGUGCUUGUUCGAUCGGAGGGUGGGAUCGUAUUCAUUGUCCUUCGGAAUUCCUGGUGCAUUGAAGCUGUACACAGGCUUCCUGAUCCACAAAUCGAUGAAAGAAAAAUCAACGAGUGGAUAAUCAGGGGAAAUGCUUCUUGGCAGGCAAAAGACUGGGAGAAAUGUAGAAGAUUUAAUACCAAGACUCUACUCUGUGUUUCGAGAAGCGAGAAUGAAUAUCCAAAAAAUUUUCGUCUGUUGUACAAUCAAAGAUGGUCGGCAAAUAUUAUGCUUGGCCGAUACACCGAAGCGCUUCAAGAUGCAGAAUGGAUAUGCCGUAACAGCGGCCCUUCCGAAAGCAAUGGAAUCCAGUUCAAAAUUCAGUCUCUUUUAUCUGUCGGAAGAUACAAGGACGCAUUUCGUUUCUUUCAGAUCUCAUGUGCUUCCCUGAAAGAAAAGGAGCAGAUCUUUACUCGAACUUACAGAAAAUGGAGUUUAAAGUAUGCAUACGGUCAUGAAUUUGUACCGGAUGGGGGUUUCAUUGGGCCAGUGGAGAUCAGAAUGACAAGCAAUGGAAGCGGCAGGGGUUUAUUUGCAACAGAGGAUGUUCAGACAGGUGAGACAUUGUUGCUAAGCGAGCCUUUGGCAGUCUCUCGCAAGGCUUUGCAGGAUCCCAUUCGAAAUGGCCUGAUUCAAAAUGUGAAAAAUGCGCUGGUCUCAAAUGGAGAAAAGACUCUGCAAAUCUUUCUUUCCCAUGGUAGCUGCAAGCAGAUUCCGAAUAUGCUGGAUUUCUUCCAAGAGAAGAGUCCGAAACCCUCAGAGAAGCUUCGUGAAAAAUUAGCUGGGAAGGACGAUGAAAUUCGUCAAAUAAUAGAACGCAUUGCGUUGGAUGACAGGUCUCUUGAUUUGAUGACAGAAAAACAAGAGGAUUCGGCGAUGUGGAACCUUGUUCCAGAAAGACUGUAUUAUGGGGUAUGGCUGCUUCCCUCCUUCAUCAACCAUUCCUGUGUGCCUAACGCUGCAAGAAAGACCGACAAAGAAAUCAUGUCGAUCCAUGCAACCAAGCGCAUUCAAAAGGGGGAAGAGAUCACCAUUCCCUAUUUUGAGGUUUUAGUCCCAUUUCCUUAUCGGCAAAAGUACUGCAAAGCCUUCGGCUUCGACUGUAUCUGCAAGCGAUGCGAGUUGGAGAAAAGAUUUCUGGAUUUUGAGUCGAAAGGAUGCAAAUCCAAGAUAAUUUAUGACAACUACAGCAAUGCGUGCAAAUCCAAGAUCCAAGACCGGCCUAUUCAAUUGGAGAAGCUUGUUAAUCAAGUGGAAAAAUAUUUGUGUGUUUUGAGGCAGAGACAGAGCAUUGAGCUGGGUGAAAAUGGUGAAGCCUGGAUUCGUUCCUCUUUCAUGGCUACCUAUUUGGCCCGUAUUUCUUGCAGAAGAAAGAGAGUUGCAGUAAAGGCACCAUCAAAAACAGAGGAGGAAACUUUAUUUACAGUGGCACGGGCCAUACGUGAAACUUGCCCUGGGGAUGUUGAUUAUCUCACAUUUUGCGAAUCUCUCCGCUUCAUAUAUUCAAAUAAGCGCUUGUACACUGAAUCGCGUUCGUCUAUGGAGACGAAAAUGGCACUUGUGGAAUGUUCAGAAUCUGCUGGCGAGCUCAUGAAGGAGGCAUUUCUUUCUGUAUUUGCACAACAGUUGGAAGAUUAUGAAGGGCCUGAUGGGACAGUCGUUGAUGAUAAUUCCUAG